CCAUUUUCAUUGCAUCUGACGCAUUUGUUCUUCUUCGGACAACAUUUUAAUUAUCGGAAAAGUGUCACGUGGUCAGCUUUCUCUGGGAAUUUACAUCACACAGGUCAAUACUCUGAUCAGCAUGGCUUCUGAAUUGAGCUCUGUAGAGGGCGUCUGUGAAGGAGACGACUGUGAGGCGAAUGCAGAUCUUACUUUCUAUGUGAAGGAGAAGAAGAAGCUCUGCCAUGACUGCGCCUCUAAAAAGGAGUGCUUAGGAAUAGCAAGAAAGGGUAUGCCUUAUCUGUACUGUGAAAAACACGAUAAACAUAUCGAUAUGUACUGUAAAACACAUUGCGUGGGUUUAUGUGUUUCAUGCGCUGUGAUAGAUCACCAUGAAAAGCCUUGCGUGCGACAGGAUUUAGAGGACGCAAUCAUGGAAAUUAAAGCUAAGCUCAACAUUCUGAAGAAAAAGGCGAUGGAGAAGUUAGAGUUAUGUCGAGUCCAUGGAAAGCACAUUCGUGAGUGUAGACAAUCCGCCGACGAACAUCUGCAGAGUAUCAAAGAAAAGGUUGAUUCCGUAAUCGAAAAGGCGAUUGCAAGCGACAAAGUCAGGGAACAGGAGGAUACUGCUAAAAUCGACCAGGAGAUUGAUGGGAAAAACCAAAAACUCCAAGAAGAGAUUCAAAAGAUGCAGGAUAAGAUUCGAGAGAACGAUGAGGAGAGAAAGAAGCGACAUGAUGAAAACAACACAAAUGCAGAUAAAAGACAAGAACCAAUACAAAAUAAACAAUGCGAACUUCAUGCUGACAUUCAGAACAUCGCUCAAGAGAUCGAGAGAAAGGUUGGCGAGUUGGAGAAAUCAUGGCAAGAUGACACGAAAAGCACAAAGACUGCAAACCAGACACUUGACAACAUACUCGAAGACGAUCAAAAUAUUGUCAAAGACGGGCAUCGUGUGAAUACAUCAGUGAGUGAUACCCUAAAAAAGCCACUGAAUGAGGGUGAGGUGAAAGAAAUCAAUCAUAUUGUAUCAGGUGUGAGGUUUGUGAAGGAUGCUGGGAGGGAGAUGAUGUAUGAUGGGAGGAUUGAUGGGUUUGGUGGCGAGUGGAAGCUCAUUGAUACAAUCAAUGUGACAAAUGACAUCACAUACCCGAUCAUUGUAGGUUGCAUGGAUGAAUGCAAUAUUAUCAUUACAGAUAGACUAGAAGGUAGUUUGCAUACAUACAUGUUGAAUUUGAACACUAAACAUACUCAGAGAGUGGUAAAAUUUAGUAAUACAUCAUGGGUUGUGUCCUGUGCAGUGCUGAAUGAUGACAAGGUAGUAUGCGGUAAAGCGUACAGAGGUAGUACAGGAGACAGUUUGAAUGGACGCAUCAGUGUGUAUGACAGACGAUGGAAGCUCAUCAAUGACGUCACAAUACCAAGAAACACGACGAAUGAUUUCACACGGGUGGAUGUUACAGCUGACCAGGAUGGGAUGAUCAUCACUGCUGAGGAGGGUCAGUCUAAGAUAUACGUCAUUAACCCAGCUGAUGGGAAGAUUAUGGACACCAUCACGUGUAAAAAGAAAAUAUGUAUUUGUGAUAUGCUGUCAUCAGGUCACAUCAUCGCUCGACCCUGGCCAGAAGAUCGCAGAGUGCUCAUCAUUGACAGAGAGGGUGCUCAAAGGGAAAUCCCCCACAGUAAUGUGAUCAGAAAUGUAUGCAUUGAUCCUAAGACAGACGACCUCUACGUCGUGACAUCAGAUGAGGAUAUCAAAACGUGCGUGAUUGAUCAGGUGAUGAGUGAGGGUGAAAUGAAGAAGAGAAGAGUAGCACCAUUCCCUCUAUCAACAGGAAUGGUGGAGGGACCUGAAAGGAGGGCUCACCUCCUCUCGUCUCGAGUGAUAAUGACGUCAUCAGGAAAAAUGAUUGCUUGCGAUGGAGACAAUAUUCUCGUAUUCAAAAAGCUAUUCAGCCUCUAA